UCUGGAUUCUAGUAGACAUACUCUCUGUGAUCUGUGUUAAUUGUUUUGUUUUCUUGUAUUCUGCUACGUGCUAUGCUAGACUAAAUUGUAUUAUCUUUUGUAUUCUUAUUUUGACGUGCAAUAGUUUUGUAAUAAACCAUUACCAUUAGCAUUCUUUUAAAAUGAAUUUAUCAGACGAUAACAAUUUUGGAAAUGGACUUUUAUAUGUAGGAUUUAACCAAGAUCAAGGUUGUUUCGCUUGCGGAACGGAGAAUGGAUUUCGUGUAUUCAACAGUGACCCACUAAAAGAAAAAGAACGCCAGAAUUUCUCCGAUGGUGGACUAUCUUACGUGGAAAUGUUGUUUAGAUGCAAUUAUAUGGCUUUAGUCGGUGGUGGUGCGACACCAGUUUACCCGCCUAACAGGGUGAUAAUAUGGGAUGAUUUGAAAAAAGAUUCAGCUAUAUCACUAGACUUUAACAAUCCUGUUAAAGCUGUGAAAUUGAGAAGAGAUCGCAUUGUUGUUGUUUUAGAAAAUCUCAUUAAGGUGUACACAUUUACGGCACAGCCGCAAUUACUGCAUGUGUUUGAGACAUGCCUUAACCCUCGUGGAUUAUGUGUAGUCUGCCCAAACAGUAACAAUGCAUUACUUGCUUAUCCGAGCCGCAAAUGUGGACAUGUGCAGUUAGUAGAAUUGAGCACUCAAACAGGCACAAGCGCUACUCCAGAUGGGCACCUUAUAAGUGCACAUGAAGCACCAUUAAGUUGUUUGGCCUUAAACGUUGGCGGGACGAGGUUGGCUACAGCUUCUACAAAGGGCACACUUAUUAGAGUGUUUGACACAGCCACUGGUCAAAAAUUAGCUGAACUCAGGCGAGGUGCUAACCAAGCAACUAUUUACUGCAUAAAUUUUAACCAUACGAGUACUAACUUAUGUGUAACGUCCGAUCAUGGUACAGUGCAUGUGUUCAGUCUUGAGGAUGAGAAACUCAACAAGCAAUCUAGUCUGGCCACAGUCAACUUCUUACCAAAAUACUUCUCUAGCAAUUGGAGUUUCUGCAAAUUUACUAUUCCCAAUGGGCCACCUUGCAUCUGUGCAUUUGGAGUUGACAAAAGUUCUAUUAUUGUUAUAUGCGCUGAUGGUUCUUAUUACAAAUACAAAUUUAACGAGAAAGGAGAGUGCACCAGAGAUGUAUACGCCCAAUUUCUGGAAACUUCUGAGGAUAGAUAAAAUGUAAUAAUUAAGCUAUGGAUAUGACUACAAAGAAGUUAGUCAUUACUUAGAAAGUGGUGCAUUAAUUUCUUAUAAAAAACUGACUGGCAUUAUGCUGUGACAUUCUAUCUAUUCUUAUUAUAAUGAAUGAUAGCCAAUUUAUUAAAGCGUUAUGUAAUUAUGAGAUACCCCUUAAUAUGAAUUGGGCAAGUGAUAUUUAUUUAAUACCUGCUAACAUAGAUUUACUGUUCUUCUACAAUGAUUUGUGUAAAAUGAAAUGCACUAUAGUCAAUGUUGUAUGUAGUUAUAAUGUAAUUUUUAUGUUUUAACAAUUUUAAAAAUUAUGUUGAUUAAAUGUGAUACAGCAAAUUUAGUAAUUUAGUAGGUAUAUAUAAAAUAAUUAUUUCUUCGGCUGCCUUUACAUUUUUAUGUAAGUUUUACUGAUGCAAGUACCUUGCGUAAUAGACUUACACCAGAUUUACGUAUGUAAACAUUUUAGUAAAUAACAUAUCGUAUUUUUUACAUGAUCGUUUAUUGAAACAUGUAAUAUUAUAUUAUCUGUGUUGAAACGUACUUUCGUAAGUAAAUCUUAAAGAUAAUGCCGACCAUUGUUGCACAAUGAUUUCAGAGUCUCAUUAUUAACAAAAUUAAAACUAUAAUUUAUCAGUUGUCCAUCAACUGAUUGUUUUGAAUAAGUACAAUCGGCUUUAAUAAUAUUAUGCGACAAUAAAUUGGCAGCAAAGUUUUAAUUGACAGAACAUUGGCAGCAAGUUUUAUUUUAUCUAAAUUUUUUAUUAUCAGAUAUUGUUUUCAACAAACAAAUCUUAUUGUACUGUAUCUUCCAAGUUGAAGUGCAAUAACAAGACAUUUAUUUUAGUAUAGAGAUAUGCGUGUUCUUAAGAUUUUAUAAUGUUUACACUUAUAAUAUUGAAUAACAAUAAAACUCAAGUUCGUCUUUGGCGAUACAAUCUAUAUGAAACUAGCUGUACUUUGAUAUGUAUAAAGAAUUGAGAUAACCUAAUUUUUAAAUGAUAAUUCUCACGGAUGAUUUUCUCGCUGAUGUACUGUUUUCAGGGAUGAUUUUUGUAAAUCCAUUUCCAUCUGGUACGUAUAAUCUAAUAAUAUUGAAAUUAUACCCUGCACAAGCAACUUCAUUAUGAGAAUGCGAUAAAUAAUUAUCUUCAUAUAAAUGUGAUGAUGUCAUUUCUCAAACAGUAAUAUAAAAUUAUUUACCACUAACUUGAUUAAUCUCAGAGUAACGCGCCGUAAGAGACCACUGAUCGAUAUGGGAUCCUACAAGUUUGGAAUCGAGACUAGGAUCUAAAGUGUAGACAGAGAAAGACCAAGAUAUCAUGUAUAUAAAAACAUGUUUCAAAUAACCACUUUCUGUCGAUUUAAACAUUGAUGACGCAAGGAUGUCUUUAGAUCAUAUCGGUAUGCUAUGACCAUUUCAUCAUUUGUAUGUUGCAAUUGGAAGGUAUAAUUGACAAAUAAUCAGUGAGAAAAUUACUCGUAGGUAAACAACUCAACUCUUAACUAAGACGAUAAAUCUAUGUAAUGUUGGUCAAAAUGAAACUUGUACUCUUUUAGUGAAAACUGGACUGGUAUCGUAAUCUUUAUACAAUCCUGAAUUAAUGGCUGUAAGUGAGUCUCAAAAGUUUUGUUUAUACAUAUUGUUAUCACUACUUCUUUAUUGUUUUAGCUCUGGUAAAUCUAGUAUGUUGGUAUAAUUA